AUGUUUGGAACUCUCAUGUAUGAUCUUCAACACAAAGAACCAACGUUUAUAGAAAACAACCCCGAGGCUGUCAUCAAUCGUAAUCGACGGGGGAAACCUCACAUCGCAUGCGAAUACUGCAGAGCACGAAAGCUUCGGUGCAACGGAGACCCGAAUGGGUGCGAUAGGUGUAAAUCAAGCUCCAACACUUGCAAGUACCCAACCAACAGAAAUACCGUUCGAAAACGAAAGCAAUCAACUUCUUCGACCAAGGAGGUAUCGAAGACCCGGCAGUCUUCUUUCGACAGCUCAGCGGCACCUCAAUCGCCUUCAUACUCAGAAAAGUUCGACUUGGGUCCGUCAUUAGUAUUCACGACGGACCAGGAAGCCUCAGAAGUACUGACCGAACUGGGCAACCUCCAACGACGAAGCAUUUUACCAAGUCCUACGUUUGACAUAACGAGUAUCAGUCAGAACGAGACUAUGGAAGAAACUGGAAAUGCACAGCACGCGAAACAAGAACAAGAUCAAAUUGAUCACUGGCUGGCAUCAUGCAGCCUGCUGUCACCGAAUACAACGAUUGAUGUGGCGAAUCUGAAGAGUGGAGAUUUCACCGGCCCAUGGCAGGAGCUAGAGAAAGAUACCGCAUACUUCGAUCCAGCCGACGAUAGUGGCGAGGACGGAAUCAGUUCCCAGGAGACUCAGCUUGACUUUGAAAUGAAUGACGGCAACGAAGUCUUGGAUGACUCGUCGUCAACGCCAGGGCUUUCAUCAUCAAGUCUUGACCUCUUGCUUGAUGAGAAUUUCCCAUCAAAUCUCAUGGUUUCCCCAGUUGAUCAACCAACCUCCGCCAAGAUACAACCCAGUCGCAAGUCAACCCCAGUGGCUUAUAAUAUGGCGGCGCCUGCAACGAGCCCAAUGACUGCGUUGCUUGAGGGUUCAGAUCUUGCGGUCAAGAAGAAGAGCGAAUGCCGCUGUUUGAGGCUUGCUGCACAUUUACUUGAGCAGCUUGGUAACGAAGGCGCCAACACGGAAAUCGCUACUGUGGAUGUGCUUCUCAAUUGCUGCCGAGAAGCGAUCAAGGGUUGUGACUCAAUCUUGAGUUGCACCCUAUGCAAGUCUCGAUCAGAAAGUAUGAUGCUACUCGCCAUGGCUGGACAAUAUCUCAGCAACAUCUGCGAAAAGACUGUCCGCUCAUACGUGGACGUUGUUCAGAAAUUGCAGUCGGGUAACUCUCAGCUUACUGGAGAUUCUAUGUGGUUCCAGUCAUACAAAAUCGAGAGCCCAGUGGAGAAGAACCAGGUUCUGAAGUGCCUCGUCACCGGACAGCUCACCGAGUUCUGUCAACUCAUUGGAAAAAUCAAAGCUAGAGUGGGAACAAGAAAGGCGCACUUGGCGCCGUUGCUGGGAGCGGAGAGGAAAAUUCAGUGUAUGAGGACCAUGUUGAUGCAGUGUGAAAGUUACCGGACUAAUGUAUGA